AUGUCUGCUGCUGAGGUGACCAUUUUUUUAUUUACUGGAAUGACAGAGGAAUACAGUCCAGUCAGUGUGAACAGGGAUGUGGGAACUGAGCAACCCUCUCUCUGGAUCCACUCUUCAGAAGAGCCCAGUAGCACUGAACGGGAACAUAAACGAAUCACGCACAACAAUUCUGAAAAACAACGUAAAGAAAAGAUUAAAAGUAAAAUUGCAAAUAUUGGACAUUUGUUGCCAGCUGUUCGAUGUUAUGAAAAGCAAAGCACUUUGUCUAUAUUGGAACGGGCUGCAGAUUAUAUAUCUGAAAUUCAAGAUAAAAAUGAUCAAUUAAUGUACCAUAAUGGUGAUGAAGUGCAAGCAGAAGAAAUCCAAUCUUUGCGACAAAAAUUGGAUGAUCUCAAAUCUGAGAGAGAUCGCUUUGCAGACUUAUUAAAAACAGCAGGUAUAUCUACAUUGCUUAAUGCAACCAAUUCAUGGAAAGGGAAGAAAGCUAAUUGUACUUCAAGCACUUCAGAUUGUCGACCAGAAUCUGCAGAUACUACAUCUAAUAUCCCUAAUCUUUCAGCUAAUAAUUCAAAGAAAGACAACGAUCAAGAAGGAUCUACAAAAAGCACAAAAUCCAAAAGACGCAACACAAUAUGUGCUCAACUUGAACGAAUUCAGAAUAAAAACACGACAGACAAAGCAACAACAGCUUUAAAAAUGAACACUGGGAACAUUAUCAUUCCAGGUCUUAACAACCUGAAUGGGAUGCAGACAACCAAUGUUUUACCAACCAACAUCAACCAACAGCAGUUGUUUGCAGCUGCACCUAAUUUAUUGGCUAGCACACUUUCAAAUGCUAUUCUUGCUUCAAAUGGUCAUGGACAUGUCAUUUUCAGCAAUGCAAAUUCUGCUGGUGGUGUGGUCAGUAUACAGGCUCCAACCAAUCAACCUGGGGUUACUUUUGUGUCCCCAUCACCCAAUCUUCUUGCAGGCACUGACAAAGGAAAUGGGGAUGGAGCUGGACUGUUGCAAAUAGCAAUGAGGGAUGCUGGUAUAACAACAGUGACACAAUCUUUUCUUACACAGCCAUCAGCUCAAGUUCCACAGAUAACAAAUCAGUCAACACCAGCAAUGAUAGGUUCAAUCACAAGCACAAAUACAGAGGCUGUCACUUCAGCUGAUUCCUCCCAGGUUCCACACUCAACUCCACUGCAAACACUUGCAUCAAUUGCUUCCAACACACAAAGCAUCAACACUGGCCUUAUUGGUUCCUCUUUUCUUGGUGGUACCAGCUGUUUUCAACAAGGUUCUAAUUCAGUUAGUUCAACUCAAGUUGUUUCAUCUGGUCUUUGGAACUCUGUUUCCCUAAACACCGAUCAGGAGGCUUCUAGUACUAGUAUACAAUCAGUUGUUAGUGCCAAUGAAGUCUGUGUAACUACAUCAGCAGAAUCAACCAUCACACAAUCUCCAUCAACUUCCCACACAUCUGAUAAUACAGGCACUACUGACAUAUUAGCUAAAGCAGCAGAAUCUAUUUUUUCUUCUUCAUUGCAUGAUAUAUCUCCUCCAAUAAGCAGUUUUUACAACCCUGCUAAUGAAGAUAAUCCAUUACAUAUAGACACCAGUGCUGGAGAAACAGAAGAUGAUUGUAGUGCUCAGUCUCCAUCUAAAGAAAGUUGUGAUAGUGACAAUAUUCCCACAUCAAGUCGUAUCGAAAUGGAAGUGGAAAGUCAAAGUUCUCAUUCAUUAGACAACACAUGCAACAGUUUGACAGUAACUUCAAAUUCAGCUUCUGCAUUUUUUAAAGAAACUGACAUGUGUGAAGCAGUAGGAGCUAUAAAUUCUUAUUCAAAUAAAAUUGUUGAAAGAGCACAGACAGCAGCAGAAGAAAUCACUUGUACUACAUCAAUACAAGUAACCAACAGCAGAGCAAGCAGUCAAAUGUUAGUGACUUCACCAGCAAGUACUGCUAACAAUAAUGUUGAUAAUGAUAAUACAGGUGAGAAUAAUCAAAUAAAAAUGACUGGUAUUGUGGAACCAAAGCAGCUGCAUUUGCACUGUGAUUCCCAGCCCACAUCAAAUGCUGCUGAUGAUAUGCUCUCAAAGAACACUUGUUCAAAUCAGCAGAUGUCCACCACAUCACAGACUUCAUCUGUUAAUAACUUGUCCUCCUCUCAGCCCCAACAUCCUCCUUGUAAUCUUCAGUCACAACAAAUAUCAACUCCCAGUGCAUCUCUCCCUUCUUCAGUAAAUAGUAUAUCAACAUCAGUAGAUCCUACUGAAGGCAAUUGUAUUAAUUCUUCUGCACAAAUGGCACCACCAUGUACAACAGAACACAACAGCUACUCCUCUCCCAAUUCUCUAAGAUAUUCAGCUGAAUCACUAUUUAAUCCAUCUAACAAACUGACAACACAGUCAAAAUCACAGCUUCAAUCUCAGGCACAAAUCAUCAUUCCUCAUCAUACAAGUAAUAUCACAAAUAGUAUAGGAGGAGAAGCUUUAUCUACAACUGCAACAUUAUCUACAGCUGCUCCAGUCUCAUCCUCAAAAAGCCGAAACUCUGGCAUUUAUUCAGCUGAAAAUUUUGUUCAGUCAGGAAGAAAUGACACCUCUCGUUCUGAUAACAAACACAGUUAUUCAUCAGCUGUUUUCUCUUCAACAAAUAAUACUGUUCACCAUUUAAGCACUAGUGAGAGUGAUUCUUUGAGUUUUAGCAAUCUUGUAGUACAGAGCAGGUUAUUUGAGAAAUUUUCACUGAUUAGGUGA